AUGCUCAAGAUCAGUCACUCUAGUUACCACGGAGAUCGUUUGCUCUGGAGGAGGGCACGUGACUGCAUAUUCUGGCCCGGUUUGAAACAACAACUCGGAGACUUCUGCAACAACUGCGAAGCAUGCUUAUCGUUCAGAAGCAAGCAAAGAAAACAGCCCAUGAUCGAAACAACCUCCGCCACCUACCCAUUCCGGGUGGUAUUCCGAGACCUGUUCGAGCUUCGGAAACUUCGAUACCUGGUCACGGUUGACGUGUUCUCUGACUUCUUCGAAGUAGACAACCUAGGCGAAACAGCUUCAACCAAGAAGUAUCUCGCUCAAGGGAACGGCAAGGCAGAAGCAGCCGUGAAAAUAGCUGAAAGGCUUCUGAAAAAAUGCACAAAAAGCGAAGAGGAUUACGAAUAUGGUUUCCUAGAAACGCGGAACGUUUCACACCCGGAGGGUUCGAUGACAGUAGAGAUGUUCAAAAUAUUUCUGGCCAUCAACUAUGCGUCCGGCUCUGCUUUCAAGGGUCUCCGCAGUGUUAUGCUGAAAGCUGUUGACGAUAAGCCCCAGCUCACGGUCACGCAGCUGCGAGAGGUGGUAGUAAGCUACGACAAGCGUACUCGCGACUCAACGAUUGAUCCCUCGGACUCCGUCGUGGAAAGUUCUGCCGCUGUGAAUAAAGUACAGCUCGCUGAUCGCCAGAAACGGCUCUAUUCGAAGCCAUCUGGUCAGUCCGCGACUAAGAAGCAAUAUGCGGCAACGACUACGACCUGUUCGGGUUGCGGCGGAUCGCACAAUCGUCGCUCGUGCCGUUUCUCCGGAGCUACUUGUUUCUUCUGUCACAAGAAGGGGCAUUUGAAGAAGGUGUGUAGCAACUUCCUCGAGAAACAGUCUUCCGACGCGAUUAACCCCGGUACUGUAGACGUCAGCGAGGUGUCCGACUCAGAUCGCAGUCGCGCUAUCGUCUCCGUCUUCUUGAACGGAGUAACGGUCAGACUCCGUGUCGAUACUGGAGCAGAUUUAUCCGUGAUUGGCAAAGCUUUAAGGGGAAAGAUCGGCUCGCCCAGGCUCCUUCCGAUGAUAUCCAAGCGCACAGCUGCGAAUGGUGAAGGUCUGGACAUUUCAGGUUUCUUCACGGCCGAUUACAAGCUCUCGGAAGAUUCCGACUUCGUCGUCUCGGAUCGGGUGAUCGUUCUCCGAAGGAGGGAGGCGGCUUUGUUGGGUUGCCGUCCGAUCUUCCAAUUGGGUCUCCUCGUUCCUAACCAGUCACUUGAGAUUUGCUCAACCGUGGAGGGGUCCAAUGACUCGAGUAAGUGGAGGUCUCGGUAUCCCGAUGUGUUCAAGGAAGGACUAGGUCUUCGUUCCAAAGUUCGAGUGCGGCUGGAUCUUAAAGAAGAGUCAAGACCUGUACAUCUACGAGCCCGUCCGAUUGCUGCUGCCUUCCGGGACGCUGUAGACAAAGAGCUGGAUCGGCUGUUGGACCUGGGUGUGCUGUCAGCAGUCGAAUCCUCGUCCUGGGCUUGUCCCAUCGUUGUGGCUCGGAAAGCGAACGGGAAGAUCCGAGUAUGCGCAGAUUAUUCCACGGGUCUGAACGACGCACUCCAAGAUGUCUCACAACCGAUUCCAAAUAUGGAAGAGAUGAUGACCAAAUUCUCUGGGAACAGGGUUUCCACCCAGUUGGACUCAUACGAUGCUUACCUUCAGCUCGAAUUGGAAGCACCCAGUCGUGCCCUCACGACCAUCAAUACUCACAGGGGGCUGUUCCAAUACAACCGUCUGGUAUCCGGGCUCAAAACCGCUCCGGCGGUCUUCCAACGCGCCAUGGACCAGGCUCUCACAGGUUUGGAUGGCACGCUUGUGUACUUGGAUGAUAUCCUGGUCGAGUAUUUGGGUGUUAUCGUCAAUGAACAAGGUAUCAAGGCUGACCCGCAGAAGAUCUCCGCGAUACAGAACUUGCGUCGCCCGGGAAACGUCUCAGAGGGUCUAAUCGAAGCCGCUGACGCCUGCAACACCGGAAUCGGAGGAGUGUUGCUACAGCGUUAUCCUGAUGGUGUCGAGAGAGCAGUCUUCCACGCCUCGAAGUCCUUGACUUCAACACAGCGCAAUUACAGCCGAAUAGAGAAGGAGGCGCCAGCGUUGGUCUACACAGUCGAGCGCUUGGAGAAGUUCGUUUGGGGCCGACACUUCAUCCUCCAAACGGAUCAUCGCCCGCUCUUGGCAUAA